UUGACGCUGAAGCGAUGGCGGCGAAGGCGGCCCCGGCGGCGAUGGGGCCCGCGGCGGCCGUGGCGCAGAUGCUGGAGCUGCCCGCAGAGUGCGACCGGCGUCUGGCCCAAUUCCUGCGGCAGGUGGACGACACCAACAUGGUGUGGCUGGAUGAGAUCUAUCAGGAGGCGGUCAGGAUGUUUGUCAGCAACUACAGCGAGGAGCUCGAGCUGAUGCCCAAGACUCCGUCACAGAAGAGACGGCAGCGGAGGAAGCGGCUGUCAGCCUUGGAGGGAGAGGAGCAGGAGCCCAGCAGGAAGCGCCUCUCCAGGAGGAGGAACAGCAGCAUCAAGCCUUCUGUACGAUCUUCUCGGCGACUCCAGAACAAAGAAGACCUGGAACUCAGCAGGGCCGAGGCCAAAGAAAACUCUCCACCACAGCGUGUGACACGGUCCCGGGCUGCAGCCUCUGCCAGAACCUCCAAGGUGGUUCCUGAGACCCUUCCUGCCCCGCAGGCAGCAUGGAAGGAUCCCUGUGUGGAAGCUAACCAUGUUGGUACUGCAGUGCCUUUCCAGAGCAGUGGAGCAAAGCUGGCAGAGCUGCUCCCCACGAGCUCAGAGAGUGGCUCUCCCAAGGAACACAGUGUUCCCAAGUCACCGCCGGUGCCCACAGCCCCUGAGCUGGUGGUGCCCUGCACUCCCGAGGCCAGCCAGGCUGUGCCCGAGCUGCAGACAGCGAGGGCAGCCAAUGUCACCGUGAUCCUGAGCCCAGCGGCUGGACUGGAGGAGGGGCCGGGCUCCCCUAAGGAACACAACCGGGCUCAGGAGCCCUCCCAGCCCCCGAGGGACAGCCCGGGGACUCCGACCCGCUCCAGGCUCAGCCGCCGCUCCGUGCGCCGCAGUCUGAUGGGGAAAAGCUCCCUGAGCCGCAGAACCUCCCUGGCAGAGAAAUACUCCCUGGCCAGCAAGAGGGAGAGCAUGAUCCGGACAUCCACCGCCAGGGCAGCGGGCAAGAAGAAGGCAGCUUGGAAGAGAUCCGUGUCGUGUAGCUCUGUGGAUGCCUCCAGCUCUGUAAGUGUGCCAGAGGAUGAGGAAACCGUUGUCAAAACUGGGUCUCCUCCUGCAUCCUCCACUCCCUCCAAGUUGGAAGGCUCUCAGAUGUCUCUUCGGUCCCACACAGUCAGCAAACACAGGCAGCUGCAGGAGCCGAAGAGCAGUGAAAACAACUCAAAUAAGAAUGGGGAGACCCUGGAGCCACCCCAGAGUGCUAGGAGGAAGCCAAGCUACAAGAGAGCUGUGGACGAGCGCUACGACCACCAGCAGGCAGAGGAGGGAGGGCUGUCUCCUCUCAGGAGGAAGACCCCAUCCUCAGUCUUCCCAGCCAGCAAGGUGGUGCGCCCGUUCAAAACGUUCCUGCACACGGUGCAGAAGAACCAGCUCCUCAUGACACCAAGCUCCGUGGGGAGGAACGGAGUCAUAAAAUCCUUCAUCAGGUACAACACUCCUCUCCAGGCUGAUCCCAAGGAAAAAGAGAGGCAGAAGCUGGAGACUCUUCGGAAGAAGCAAGAAGCUGAGCAGCUGAGAAGGCAAAAGCUGGAAGAGGAGAAGAAACGGCGACUUGGAGAGGCAAAGCUGAAGCGCGAGGAGCGCCUGCGCAAGGUGCUGCAAGCCCGGGAGCGUGCGGAGGAGAUUGAGAAGGAGAGGAAGAGGAGGAUUGAGCAGAAGAUUGCCCUGUUUGAUGAGAAGACCGAGAAGGUGCGAGAAGAAAGGCUGGCAGAGGAGAAGAUCAAGAAGAGAGUGGCUGCCAGGAAGAUGGAGGAAGCUGAGGCCCGGCGCAGACAAGAGGAGGAGGCCAGGAGACAGAGAGCUCUGCAGCAGGAGGAGGAGGAACGGCGGCGCAAGGAGCUGAUGCAAAAGAAGAAGGAAGAGGAGCAGGAGCGUGCCCGUAAGAUGGCUGAGCAGAGGCAGGCAGAACAGGAGCGGGAGAGACAGUUGGCUGCAGAGAGAGAGCUGGAGAGGAAGAGGGAGCAGGAGCGGAUCCAGGCGGAAAAGCUCCGGGAGCAGCAGGAGAAGGCUGCCCGCCUGCAGAAGGAAGCGGCGGCUGCUAAGGAGCAGCUUCGCAGGGAGAUGGAGAAGAAGGAGCAGGAGCAGCAGAUGCUGGAGGAGAAGAAGAGGCAGGAAGAAGAGCAGAAGAAACUGUCAGAGGAGCAAAAGGCCAAAGAGAAUGCACGGGCACCACUCCUGGAGAACAAGGAGAAUUCCCCUGCCUGCAACUCAUAUGAGAUGACUCCGCAGAGCAGGAAGGAAUUGAAGGUGCCUGUGACAAGCUCGAACGACUACGGCAUGGACCUGAACAGCGACGACUCGACAGAUGACGAGAGCCAGCCGCGCAAGCCCGUCCCUGCCUGGGCCACCGGGAAUCAGCUCAGCCAGGCUGUGAUCCGGCAGUACUACAACCCCCCUGACGUGGACGCGCUGUUCGGGGCCAUCCCCAGCCCCAGGCUGGAGCACAUCUUCUACAAGAGCAAACCCCGCUACUUCAAGCGCACCAGCUCGGCCGUGUGGCACUCGCCACCCACUGUGGCAGCCAAGCCAGCCCUGGGGCUGCCCUGCGGCCUCAAGAAGCCCUGAGGUGAGCACAGGUGUGCAGCAGGUGUGCCUUCCUGUCUUCAGGUGAGGAAGGAGUCACUCUUCACUCUAAGUAUUUAGGUUCUAGCGUUGAAUAAAUGGCAGCUUUUCCUGGGUUCCUGCGCCUCGGUUUGCGGGGCUGGUUUCUGUCAGGCCAAGCCACGAGGUGCUGCCCUGGGAAGUGCGUCUCUCUUAUCCUUAGCUUGGAGCUGGCAUGGACUCAGACCAGCCAGGUGAAGCUGUGGGAUUCCCCCUCUCUGUCAUGCAGGCCUGACAGGACCUGCCAUCAUGUGUACAUUUGUGCUGCCCUCAAGGCCAGUGACAGCCAGGGACCACUGCACCAGGGCACAGUCCAGCCUGCUUCACUGCUCUUCUCAGGAAGGUGUUCCCAGGUGUGCUCUUCAUCUCCUGCAAUCCCAAAGGGAUUCAUCGCUCUGUUUCCCACCUGUGUGGUGGUGUCCAUCAGCUGGGCACGGCUGACAUUGGCACAGCUGGGGAGGGAACACGAUGAGGGUCUCGGUGACAUUCCACCAGCUGUGGAGAGAUGUGACCAAGGUGUGACCAUGUCCCCCAGGACCUGCAAGUGUGUGAGCCAGCUCUAGGUCUCAAUAGGAGAAACGCUGCAAGGGUUCUGGCAGACUUUCUGUUUCUCAGUGAAAUUUCAUCUCUGAGGCCAGAUGGAAUUGAGAGGAUGUUUUUAAACUUAAUCCCUCUUGUUCACCCUUGGUUGUGGCUCAGCACCAGCUCGUUGUCUCUCGGCCUGUUUAGCACUUCCUGUUCAGUGAGCCACUUUUAACCGGACUCUGGUCAACCCAAUCUCGUUGAACCAAAAAUUCCAGCUCAGCCUUCCCAUUCCAGGAGCCUAUGGUGGUUUAGUCAUUCCUUCUGCACCCAGCCCAGCCCUGUAAAACCCCUCUAGAGACUGUACUUUGUGUGAGGGGUUAUGAUCCUGUCUGUGUGUCUGUAGCCAAUGCAGUUUGCCAGCAAAUAUUCUUGAAAAGAUGUGGGUUUUGUAUUUAAAUGCACUGGUGUCUGUAUUCUGGGGCUGCUGUGUAUGUGCAGAUCUGUGUCUGUGGAGUGUCUGUGCUUUUGAGGUUGCUCUGUAGAACCAGGUCUGGCUACUGGUAUCUGUACCCAUGGAGUGCCUGUAUUUCCAUGCCUGUCCUGUGCUUCCAGGUCUGUAUUCAUGCGACCAUAAUUUCUUGUACAAAAGCUUCUGAGCUGGCCAAACACUGUUUGAUAAAGUGAGU